UGUACGUGGAUGUGAUGUAGAAUAAGAUGGCUAAUUGGAAAGCAGAGGUAGCCGGAUGCACUGCUUUACUCUGUACUUACGAAGAAGCGCUUGCCAUCCACGUGGUUCAGUCGGGUAACCUUUAUGCUAGAUAAUGUUAUUAGUGCAUAAGGUUUGUUAUAUGCUGCUCGUACUAAAACUCGCAGGCUUGAAAGAAAGUGUUGCAGCCGACAAGUCAACGGAAUAUUUUGGUGUGCACAUCGCAUCUCAGGUGUGCAUGGAUGGAUAGCAAAACAGUGCACUUGCGGUGUUCAACUCUCAGUUUACUGUUGUGAUAUCGCAGUGUCGACAGCUAGCAUGUUGCAAAUGGAGUUUGCAAGAGCGCGGUGCCACACGACCCAACGUAAUUUGAAGACCGCGUGACGCGCGCGACCUGUGCAGGUUGACAAGCUUGAAAAGAGCGAGCGGAUCGGCACAACAGCUCACAGAGUCUACUCGCUGCAGCGCUGACAGCUUCCCAAGACCGAUUCGAGGUGCUGGAAGGGGCUUCGUGAGGAAUUCCGGCCUUCUGGCGUUGUGUGAGCCUGACAAAAGAGCGCAGAGAACACGCUACCAGCAGCUACCCUCACGUGGUCCCCAGCAAUGCGCAUGGCUGUGCUCAGUUUCAUCGGCACGGUGUUCUUGACGAGCGCUGCCGCAUUUCCAACAACACCUCUACCAAGUAGCAACUGGCCCCAGCAUUGCGCCUACGGAGUGUUCCACAAGGAUGUCCGUAUCAAACCAAUUUUUGAGAACGUUGUGGAAAAGGCAAAGGACAGUUUUGAAAUCCCGCUCACUGGCACGGCAGACGGCUACGAGUACGGUCCCUUCACUAUGUCCACGUCGCAGUUGCAGCCCUUGAGGAGACGCCUUUGCAUGUGCAGCGAUCGCGACGAGGACAGUUUCUGCGCGCUCUUCAACGCUUCCGUGUCAGUAAGCGUCCCGUGGAAAAUUGCGAUAUCCGCCUCUGACACGACCAAGGCGGUAAACGGAAUGUUUCGUGUCAACUACCAUAACGCGGUGGUCAUGGUGCGCUUCCAGCUUGUCAACGGCGAAGAUGAACAGCUGUGUGUGACUAGCGUGUAUGUUCCAUUCUCGGAAAUCACUGUUGUGUACGCUGGGGACGGUGCGUUUCCUUAUGAGCCUCUUCCUAGCAGCAGCCACGAUGGCGAAGAGUACGCACAGCUGGCAAGAAAAGCAUACGACUCGUUACGUGCAUGGCUUGAUGGGCAGAUUCGCCUGCUCGACGAGAAGAUUUGCUUCAAUUUAGCAUAACGCAAAGCCUGUGUCUUGUGGCAUGACAUUUACACUCAUCUAGUGUACAUAAUGGCGUAUGUUACACGUGACGCCUCCAUAAGUUUGGGUGGUUUUCUGGAUGGUGAAUAAAAAUUGUCCUUUGCUCAUUGAGUAUAUGUGUGCGACGUGGUUUUGAACAAAAGCGUCUUGAGGCGUGGUCAUUUAGUCAUUUAUUGCAGCUCGUCCAAGGCGCAUACGCAUGAGCACUGCUGCUGACAUGUUCUGCAGUAUGACAUUAUCCGUAAGGUGCUCGUCCGCAUGGAGUCAGAAGCUGCAGUCAUGAAGGUUUCUUUUCCGACUCCCAUUACGUUGCAAGGUGAGAAAGAGAAGAGCUCAUGAAACAUGAGGGAAAAGAAUGCGGGGUACUGAAAAGAAUCAGAUCGACUUCGGAGGAAUAACAGACAAGAACGUUUCAUAGUGGAACAUUCUGUUUAGCCAACAUUGUGCAAACAUCUCCUACCUCACCACUACUUUUUUUUCACCUUAUUCAUGAG